UUUUGACGUUUGAACUCUGACAACUCAAUUAAUUAAUUAAUAAUAAAUAAUUGUAAUCAAUAAAUAAUUAUUGACCUAUUGUUUCUUGUGACCACUAUAGGGAUACAAGACAUUUUCACAGUGGCAUGGGGACCAGAGAUAGUGUCAUUGGGCUGGUGGGUGUGGAACUUGGUGCUGAAGGAAAGACAGUGUCCUACACUGAACUGCUAUAUCCGACUAAUGCCUUAUGUGGCCACAUUUCUAACACGGCAUCCAGCACUCGUUCUCCCUGUUCUCAGAGCCCUGUCCGAGGUGUCCAUUCUCAGGGCAGCAGGGAUAGAGGAACUGAAGCCAGAGACUGUGUGGAUUAUGACCCUAAUCUCUUAGAUGAUCCCCAGUGGCCUUGUGGAAAACAUAAAUGUGUGCUUGUCUUCCACUCCUACAUGACCACAGUGAUAGAGUAUGUAAAGCCAUCAGACUUAAAGAGAGACAUGAACGAAACCUUCAGUGAGAAGUUUCCACAUGUUCAGCUAACCCUCAGCAAAAUCAGAAGUCUGAAGAGAGAGAUCAGGAAGCUAGCCCAGGAGGACUGUGGGUAUGAGGAGCCCACAGUUGCCAUGGCUUUUGUUUACUUUGAGAAGCUAGCGCUGCAUGGUAAGAUUGAUAAGCAGAACCGAAAACUGUGUGCCGGGGCCUGCAUCCUGCUUGCAGCCAAGAUUGGCAGUGAUCUCAGAAGACCUGAAGUCAAGAGUCUGAUUGAUAGGUUGGAGGAGAAAUUUCGGCUGAACCGGAAGGAUCUUCUGGCAUUCGAGUUUCCAGUGCUUGUAGCCUUGGAAUUUAAACUGCAUCUGCCCCAUCACGAAAUUCUACCACACUACAGACGCCUCCUGCUCACCUCUUAUAACCAGAAGAGCCAGUAAACCACAAGACUUAGAAGAGGUUGCCCAAGACCACUUUUUCUUCUCUGAUACUGUCACUUAUCCAAUGUUUUUGCAAAACAGCUAAGCCUUAAAGUGGGCAUUUUGUAAUUUUAGCACUUAAACCGGCCAUGUAAAAGUAUAUAAAAGUAUGC